AAGGCAAAAUAUAAGAGUGUUUUCUGUGACCGACGGAGAGGAAUAAGGUAUUCUCAUUCUCGCCUUUAUUUUAGGUUCCCAAAUCGAUUGUCUAGGGUUUCUUCUUCGACCAUGGAUCCGAAAUCGCCGAGCGAGAGCAAGACGAUGACUGAAGAAGCUCCGAACGAGCAGGAGACGAAAACGGGGUCAAUGGGGAUCGCUGAUUCGUCCGUCAAGAAGCGCAAGGCCGAAGAAGAUGCCUCUGAUUCCGAAUAUGCGUCUGAUCCCGAGGACGACGGCGAAGAUGGCGAGAUGGAGGUCGAGAAUGAGGCCGGAGAAAGCGAUAACAGCAGCGCGGAGGACCUACCGGAAUGGGGUGUCGACAGCUUUGAUGGUUCGGAGUACGAAUCUCCUAACGACGAUGAGGAGUAUUUCUCCGAUGAGGAGACUGAUCUCAAAUUGCGUCGAUAUCUUCGCCAGAUUUACGAGUCCAGGGGUUUCAAGGUGGAUUUUGGAAGUGCUCCAAGAUGUGUAGGGGGAUAUUUUCCCGUUGUACUCGAUUCCGAGAUCUUACCUGGCCAAACUGCCCGCCAGUACAUGGAAAAGAUGGUCGCUGCUGCUCUUGAGAAGUACAACCGGAUAGAGGGAACUAGUGUUGAAUGCGAUCACAUUGUGAGGGCGGUUACUAGAUCGACUAUUGGUACCGUGUCGUACAUUACGUUUAUGGCUAAGGAGAAGCCUGGUGAUAAAGAGCUUGUAGAAUACCAAGCUAAAACCCUGUAUAGGGUGUGGUUGGAGAUGCUCUAUCCCAUCUUUUGCAGAAAAGCUUCUGAAGCGAAAGAUGUGAGCAAGGUAUCGAGAGGAAUAGCGAAAACCACAGACGGAGUCAGGCGAAACAAGAUUCGGUAUUGCUUUUUGAUUUGAUCCUAUGACAUUGGGUUUUGGUGAUCCGAUUUAUUCCAGGUUGGAUGAUGAUGAUGAUCGUGUUAGCCAGAUUGCCAUGAGCUUUGCUAGGAUCAAGUCUGUAGUGGAUUAAGUAAAUUAUGGGUUAUGUGUAAGACAUCCUUUAUUGCUAUCCAAAAAUUGUGAGAACUUAUUUUGUUGAUCUUUCUGGUCAUUAUCUAAUCUUAUGCAAAGAAGAACUCGAACUUUCUGAUGUCUAUUUCAGAGUAAAAGAAAGACCUCUACUCUUUUAUCU